GAACGUAACUAGAAAGUAAACUUAGUAAAUGUUAACUGAUUAAAUUUAUGAAAAUACUAUUUCGAGCAUCGUAAUUGCAACAAAAAAUAUCUUUUGAUAAAAUAUCACACACACAGGAAAUAAUAUUAACUUCACAUGGGUUAAAAUAGACUUUUUAAUAAAAUAUAUCGAUUUCAUUUUGUGUGUAGCGUUAGCUCAUAACAAGCGCAUUUUUCUGUUUUAUUAAAUUCAAGGUGAUAGCCACUCGCACGUAAAAGUUGUGUAAAAACAUACUUUCUCGAGAUAGGAAAUUCGAAGGUUGAAAUAGGACUGAUAAGUGAAAAGUAAUUGCAUUCCGCAAAUCAUUACUCAGUCUUACGUGUUCGACGUUGAUCAAUUUUACUCAACUUGAGUAAUCGUCGAUGAUUCAAACGAGGUCGCAAUAUUCAGAGCGUUAUAAACACCGUCUUAGACCGCACUAAGUUUGUUCAAACCUGAAUAUUGGUUUUACUCUAACAGACAUGUUAAUAUUAUUAUUGAUAAGAGCCGCGCUCGCCACUCAAAGAGACCCCGCUGCGGAUCAAAUAGUCAUGUUUAAAGAAAAUACACCAGGACCCAUCGGAAUAAUGACUACGAGCGCCGGCGCGCCCGUGGAGUACGAAGAAGCGACGAAUACAUUGAACAGCAGGUUAAUCUUCAAUGAGUUCUUUAUGGACUCCAUAACACAUCUCGUCCGCGAAAGAAUACCGGAACGAAUAGUGCAUGCGAAGGCCGGCGGAGCGUUCGGUUAUUUUGAAGUUACACAUGAUGUGACACAUAUUUGUAAAGCAAAAUUGUUCAGUAAGGUUGGCAAGAGAACACCUGUGGCUGCAAGAUUUUCGCCUGUGGUGGUUGAGAGGGGUGGAAGUGAUACAUCUAGGGAUGCCCGCGGCUUUGCUGUUAAAUUUUACACUGAAGACGGGAACUUUGAUAUUGUUGGUUUUAAUACACCCAUGUUUGUUUUGAAAGAUCCACAAAUUUUUCCUACUUUCGUACGAGCACAAAAGAAAAAUCCAGCAAAUAAUCUCUUUGAUCCUAACACGCUUUGGGACUUUUUAACACUACAACCGGAGAGCUUGCAUAUGUUUUUAUUGGUAUUUGGGGAUCGUGGCAUUCCAGAUGGUUAUCAGCACAUGCCUGGAUUUGGUAUUCAUACGUUCCAAGUCGUUAAUGAACACGGAGAUAAUCAUUUUAUAAGAUUUCAUUUUGUCCCUGACGCUGGUAUUAAAAACUUAAGAUCGGAAGAAGCUAGAAAAAUUGGAGCAGAAGAUGCGGAUUACAACACGAGAGAGUUAUAUAGGGCCAUAGGAAACGGUGAAUUUCCAAGCUGGACAGUUAGCAUUCAGGUGCUGACUCUGGAUGAAGUGAAAACAGCUGGAUUUAACGUAUUUGAUGUAACUCUUGUUCUCCCUUUGGACGACUAUCCACUUCAAAAAAUAGGGAAACUCGUAUUAAAUAAAAAUGCAGUAAAUUACUUUGCUGAAAUAGAGCAGCUUGCUUUCUCUCCUGCCAAUUUAGUUCCGGGGAUACUCGGUGCUCCUGACAAGGUUUUUGAAGCCCGCCGUUUGUCGUACAGGGAUGCACAGUAUUACCGCCUAGGAGCAAAUUUCAAUAAGAUCCCAGUAAAUUGUCCGUUUAGAACCGAAGUUUUUGCUUACAACAGAGAUGGAAGGCCGCCUGUGAAGGAUAAUGGCGAAGAUACCCCAAACUAUUUCCCUAAUUCGUUCCAUGGUCCAGUACCAUAUAUUGACAAAAGUAAAGGCGACCUCAUCGAAAUUGUGGAAGAGAAGGCAAACAAUUUCAUACAAUCGAGAGAAUUGUAUGUGAAUGAAAUGACUAGUGAGGAAAGGAAUAGAUUGGUGGAAAAUAUUUUAUACAGCUUAGGACCAGCGACCCAGUUCAUUAAAGACAGAGCGGUCAAAGUGUUCAUGCUCAUUCAUCCAGAUCUUGGAACGCGCAUAGAACACGGGCUGUCCGCAAACGUGACGAACAAACUAACCAGUUACGAGCCUUAUUGGAAAUAACAACAGAUUUAUUUAUAAGUAAUCAUAAGUAAAGUUAUAAAUUUUUUAUUAUUUUUUA